CGAAACAUCUCAGUUGAAAUCACGGUAUAUACUCAAAGAUACUCAAAGUGUAAAGCGUAAAAACCUUUGAAAUUUGAAAAAAAAAUAUAUUAAAUAAAUGUGUGCCAACUAUUGCUGAGAGAAUAAAAGAACUCAAAAAUUGCAAGUGUCAAGAAUAAUUUGUGUUAAGCAAAGAGACUAUUGAAGCACACUUUUGCAAAUACAAAAGAAAACUACUUAAAAGAAAACGAAAGCAAGUGUGACACUAAAAGUGUUUAUUAAAAACCAAAAAGAACUGUUUUACAAACUGUUUGAAAACCGUUAAAAAAAAUUAAAAAACUCUAAACCACUCAAAAUGGAUAACUCAACGCCGAAGAAUCUCAACAAACCUUCGCCAGCAUUUACCAACUCCACAUCCGUCUCGCCAAUGGCAGCCGCAAAAAACACUUCCGCUUCUUACUCUUCAAAAUCAUCGUCGAGCGACAGUAAAAUGUCCAAAGCAAAACUCACGCGCGACCAAAAAAUAUCACGUGGUUUCCUUAAUUGCAUCGGCAAGCAUUUGGGCUGCUCUUUUCUACAGCAAAACCCUCGUCAAAUACCCCAGCAGCAGCUGCAGCAUUAUAUUUACAACAGUCAAGAUGAUUUGCCCAGCUCCUCGACAGAUUCCUUCUCGCUUAGCUAUGAACGCGGCUCGCAUACUGGUUUCCAUCUUACCGGCUCCAGCAUUGAUUUGACUUGCAGCGACCUGAAUGAUUUCACACAACAACCGAAAACAACGCAGAAGCAUCACCAGCAACAAUUUCAGCACGCAUCACGGAACACAUUGUCCUCCUCGGCGUGUAGCGGCUCCUCAUAUUCGCCAGCUUUCUGUUCUUUUGACGUUGAUUGUCUGGUGGAUAUUUAUAAUGGUGUUGACGAUGACAACGACGACGAUGACGACGACGAAGACGGUGCUGCAGAUGCCUGUGCCUCACUCAAAAUGUAUCAUUGCCAAGAGCACAAUACGUCCGACAAUAAUGUGGCGCAUAGCUGCAGCUCCGGUAAUAAUACCGAUACAAAUAGCAGCGAUGAGGAUGAUGAAUGCUCCACACAUGAGGAAUGCUGUGAGCAAAAGCAAAAGCGUAAAAAUAUGAAACAUGAAUCGCAGCAACAACAGCAUGACCACCAACAGAAACAGAACAACGCAUCACAUAGGCGUUUGCAUCUGAGUCGCCUAUCGAUCGCCUCCUCCGUCACACGCAUGUUGAGCCACUUUGCCAGCAGCUCGUCGAUGAGGUCGUUGUCAUGCAGCAGCACACCGCUGCGCUGUUUCAAGGAUGCCAAACCGAAGGAAGCUGAUGACGCAAUUGUGCACUUGAAUGACAGGAAUGAAAAUGAGGCCAAUCACAGCUAUAACAAGCACAAGAAGCAUAGUUUGCCGAACACAUCAUCAUCCUCGGCGUCGUCCUCCAGUGGCAGCCGCAGCAGCAGCAGUGGGAGCAGCAGCAGCGGUAGCGGUUCGUUAGGCAAUGCCAAAAAUAAUAAUAAUAAUACCCACAGCAGCAGUGUUAACGGUAAAAAGAAGGAAAAGAAGCAGCAGAGCAUCUUGCGGCCGCCAGUGCAUUACGUCUACAUGAAGGGCAUGUCCGGUCUGUAUUCGCGUGUACCGCGCUACAAUGUCUGCUCGCCAUACGCGAUGCAUUAAGCGGUCGAACGGCGGCGGACGAACGCAUUGCGGAGAUAUACGAAAGACAUGAAAUAUCUAUGUAUAAAAACGCAGACGUAUCGAUAAAGAGGCUGACUAUCUAAGUAUUAUAGUUUUAGAGAUUUACAGAUGCGGAGGAGUCGAACUUAUUUUCCACAAAAACAAUAAAAGACUUGUAACAAGUAAUAACGGUUAAAAACGUAUAAAAAUGCAUAUAAGAUUAUUAUAAUGAAUUAAAUAUAAGUAGCUAAAUGUAAGAUCGAAGGGUUAAGGUCUGGGUUAAGUUAAAGACAUAAUAUAAUAAUGGAAAUUGCAGUGCCUCGAGUUUAAUGAUCCGAAAUGUUAUGAACAAAAAAACAGAAAAAUGAAAAAAAACUAUGUAAGCUACAAAAAAAAAAUCAAAGCAAAAAUACGGUAUUGUAUAUGGUAGUGUAUAAAAAACUUAAACUGUGUUAGAGAUCUAGUCUAAUAAAUGUAAGACAUUUCGAAAACUAUUCCAUUCAGUAGGAAAUAAAACUAUAAUUUACAAUUUUGAAAAAAGCACUGAAAAGUUCAAACAUUUCUUCCAUUAUUGCAAGGAUUCAACUAUCAAAUAGUUAAAAAAAAAAAA